AUGAAUAGUGAUCUUCUGGAAUGCAAGAGGAAAGCGAAGGAUCUGAUAUCGUCUGUAGACCCUCCACGAAACGCUACCGGGAGGAAGAAGGGUUAUAUCGAAGUAAUGGCAGAUUUAUGGGAAGAUAAGGGUGGUCGAGUACCUUCUCCCACGGGACUGGCUAGUACAAUAGUCACAGAUCAAAACAAAAUUAAACCAAAUCUGCCCGAUUAUGAGUUGUUUCCUUCCGAAAUAAAGAACAAAACAUGGGGUAAUAUUAGACACGUGAGCUUCUGUAAUAUUGUCAAUAAUGUUUACGACGAAAUCGUCUACUACAGGAGAAAUAUAUCCAAUGUACCAUCUAGCCGUGCAGGGAAGAGUUUCAUUGAAGUAUUAACUUUCUGGAUUAAGCAGUUCAAUGCAGAUUCUGAUUUGAACUCAGUUGCCUUGAAAGUAUUCAUGGUGCUCCCAACUUUAAUCCUGCAGAAACCGUCCGCUACUUCUAAAAGCAAGGAACACAGCGCAGCAAUAGAGCGUCGACUAGUUCUCUGGAAACAAUUAAGGCGACCUUAAUUUAUUACUUAAAGAAGUGAGGUUUACACAAGGGAAAUUUGUGAACUCUAAGAAAGCUAGGACGGUCGAGGACGUAUCCAAAGUUUUUUCAAAACUGGUUCUGCAAGGAAAAUUGUCAGCUGCAAUGAAACUCCUAGUUAACGAGAGCUCGUCUGGCCUGCUCGACCUAUCACCAGACGUCCUGCGAGGAUUACAUGACAAGCACCCAGAGGCGGCUGAUAUUGCAGAGGAGAGUUUGUUGCACGGUCCAGUUGAUUACAUUCCACCGAACGUGUAUGAUCUCAUAGACGAAGAAAUGAUUCACAGCUCAGCAAGCAAAACCAAGGCUCGGCAGGGCCAUCAGGAAUGGACUCGGAACUUUAUAGGAGAAUCCUGUGCCCUAACAACUUUAAGACUGAGGGUAAAAUUCAAAGAGGAGAGAUAGCUGUGUUCACGAGAAAUCUGCCUAAGAAAUCGUAUCAUCCAUGUUUACUCAAAGCCUUCACAUCUUGCGGGCUCAUCCCGCUCGACAAGAACCCUGGAAUCAGACCAAUCGGCGUUGGAGACGUCCUGAGGCGAAUAGUGGGGAAAACGGUCAGCGGCCUCUUAAGGAGGAAAUAA